AUGAGUUUCCUACUAUCAGACGGCCAUCUUGAUCAAAGAAGGCUAGAUGGCCCGGAUAGCGAUACGAUAAUAGACGCUCUUAGGAAAUUUACCAUUUUCCUUCAAAGCGCAGAUGUGGAAGAGAGGAAGCCAACGCCUGAAUUAUACGGUGCUACACCGGGUCAACUGAAAUAUAAUAUUUGGCGCAUAUACCAAACAGUAAAUAUUAUAUUUUCUCCUAGCUCAGCGAAUAUUAUUCCAAUUAGUAUUGAAACCGCGUUUAUUGCAAAUAAGCCACUGCGCACCCAAGAAUACACCCAUCUGACAAAAAAGAAUUACUAA